AUCCGCAAGUAAUCUUCCCUUCCCAUAGCCCUCUAUCCUCUACUGCUCUACAACUCUCUCUCUCUCUGUGCCUCUGUAUUUUCCCGGAAAGUUUACCCCUUUUCGCGAAUUUCCUAUGGUGAUGAUCCUAUCAUUCAACCAUCCUUACACCCUUUUGCUUUCUUUCCGUCUCCGUCACCGGCUUCCCUUUGGAAGCCGUGAUUCCUCUGAAUUCGAAUCGCCCUGUUCAAUUUUGGGGAAUUCGGACAUACCCACUUGCUUCCUUUCCUUUGAUUCUUCGAAUCCACGAGCGAUUUUACCUCCAACUUGCAAAGACUCAGAUUCAGGGUUCUUCCUUUCUUCCCUCUCUCCUCUUGUUUCUGGGGUUUUCGAAAAGGUGGACAUAUCUCUGGAAUCAGGUAAUAGGGACGAGAAUGGGAUACCUAUUUCCUCGAUUCCUCGCGUGGACGUGGUUAUCAAUGCAAGCUUCGAAGACCUAAGGAAUCUCUCGUAGCCUCGUUCGCGGGAUUUUUUCUGGCUUUUUUUGGCGUGAAUUCCAGAUGCCGCCAUUGGAAGGAACUCCGAAAACAAAUUCCAGUUUUCCGGUGACGGUGAAGGAAUGCCCGUUUCCUUGACCGUCGAGCCAUCCGAUUUGAUGAAAUGGGUAAUUUGAAUUUCGUCUCGAAAAAUCCGAACGUGAAUGUUUUUGUUCUCGGCCUCGUUUUCACCAUUUAUGGCUUCCUCGUCGUCGAAUCACAAACUGGAGUUCCAUCACCGCCAACUCCAGUGGAUAAUUCGCCACCGCCACCGCUUGAGGAAAUAAAUUCAUCUCCGCCGCCGCCGCCGCCCCUUGACGUGGCCGUUAUCCCAGCGCCGCCGCCGCCAAUGCCGUCAGAGCCCCCUCCGCCUCAGCCUCCACUGCCACCUCUGCCUCCGACGGCAUCCCCUCCUCCACCGCCGGAAUCUCCGCCUCCUCCGCCACCGCGUAAGAAUAGCAACUUUUCGCCCAAUAGGAACCGCCGGCUUCGGCCUCCUCCGCCUCCGCCUCGGCUGCAGCUCGAGGAGAAGUCGAAAAGAAGUGAGCUUAACACAGGGAAGACGGUGGGAAUCGUCUUUGCGGGGUUUGCAGCCAUGUUGCAGGUCUGUGUCGUUACCUUCUUGGUUUUCAAGAGAAGGCAGCUUCUGAAGACGAGAGAUUCGUAUUGAAUUCAAGAGUUGCGCUGGUAAUUGAUCGGAGAAAUGGGUGUUUCCUCCAUUGGAGCACUUCUUGUUUCCUCUGUAAAUUGGUAAAAUUCUCCGUUGACAACAAUUCCUUCUGCCCUUUUCUCUGUAUUUCUUCCUUAUUAGUCUGAACCAUUCGUUCGUUCACUUCGUUGAGAUCAUGUAGCUUUCAUUUUGCAUACCUGAAAAUGCUAACUAGAGAGGAGGGGGACGAGAAGAAGAAGAAGAAGAAAGAAAUGGAUGUGUAACUUUGUGAGUCGUGUGAAAUUGUUUAGGAAUCAUAUGGUACCGAAUUUGUUUUAUCCAUUGGAGAGGUUCUUGUUACAUUCUGCUUCAUCAAGUCCUGUUUUAUGAUCUUGGCCUUGAUUAUUGGGCGAUGAUAUCUUGGUUGUUUUUCUUA